UUUUCCCCUUUGACUUCACAAGAACCUGCAGGAUGUCCGCGCUCGUACGGACCGGUGAGCAAGCGGUCGCAACAAUGACGCGCCAUCGAUCACUGGGACCGGUGCACAUAGUGCGUACACGUUAACGGGAGGCAGACUGGCCUUGCCAUAUGGCCAGGAGGAUGGCAACCCCAUGUCGUUAAGCUCCACACACUGCUCCAUCUCGUGAGUGCAAUACCCACUCUCACAAUUGUAGAAGUCUGGCGCUUUCAUCUUAAAGCACUCCUUCACCUUGGCCUGCUCAAAUGGCAUCACCACGCCGUCGGCGUUGCGCUGCUGCAGCCAGGAAGACGGCGUGACCUCGGUGCACUUGUUCGUGCCAAGGGUAUACCGGGCAAGAAAUUCUGCUUGCAGCACUUGAACCAUUGGCGCGUCUUCCGGUCCAGUAUGAAGUUCGGCGACUCCGAAGGGUGCAGUUUGGAAAGAGUGUGGUUUGCAAUCGGCACCCCGUGGGGCACCCUGGAGGGUGGGCGGUUGCCUCGAUUGAGCUCUCCGCCGCGCCCCGCGGAGGCCCGCGAGGACAGCGUCGAGACCCCCAGGCCCCAACGACGCCGGUCGCAAACCAGCCCCCGGCGUAACCAAACCCUUUGCAGUCGCCGAGAAGUUGAUGGCGUCGCAGUUCCGGUCCGUCGGCAUCUGGUCCAUCAUGACCCUCGAGGCGAAGCCGCUCCUGGCCAGGGUGCAGCGGAGCCUGCCGGUCACCUCUCGAGGGGAGGCCGCUGAAGCGCGAGCAGUCGAUCCAGAAGGACGUGGGGGCGCCGCGCGCCCGCGCCCGGGGCCCCGCGCCGGCGGGCGCGGGAGCCGGCGAGGAGGCCGAGGUCGGAGGGAGGCUGGCGCAGCCUGGCCCCGCGCGCCCCGGCGGCCGCCCGUGCCCGGCCGCGGCCGGCAGCAGGUCCCCGAGCCCGGCCGCCCGCGGCAUCGCGGGCCGGCCGCGAGCGCGUGGGCGGGCCCUCCG